AUGGCUACUGAAGAAUAUCCUGAAAUUCGUACUGGCGGCUCGCUUAUUCUUGCUUGGCGGAGCAAAGAAAAAAAUGUUCUUAUUGUUGGGGGUGGCAAUGUUGCCGCUGGACGCAUCGUAAGCGUUUUGGAAGCUGACGCAAAAGUAAUAGUUGUAUGUCCAGAGAACGGAAUAGAUAUGGUUCUGACUGCUAUCGAUGAUCCUAUAGAAUCGCGUAAAAUUUAUGAACUUUGCCAAGCUAAAAAGAUUCCAGUGAAUAUUGCUGAUGUACCUCCACUAUGUGAUUUCUAUUUCAUGUCACAACAUCGAGAUGGUCCACUUCAGGUUGCCGUAUCGACAAACGGACAGUGUCCCAAACUGGCAAACAUCAUUCGUCGUCAAAUUGCUGACACAUUGCCGAAAGGAACCAAAGAUGCGAUUACAAAAAUGGGAGAAUUACGACAAAAACUCCGUAAAAUUGAUCCGGAACAUUCAUCUUCUAGUAAGAGAAUGGAUUGGAUUAGUAAAAUCUGUGAACAGUGGACUUUGGAUGAACUGAACGAAAUGAAUGAAAGAACAAUGGAUACAUUAUUGUCUUUUUAUGAAUUGGAUCAAGUGCCACAAUAUAAUUCUCUUUUGAAUAUUUUCGAAAAAAAUGUAAAGGAGCAGAACGACCAGAUUUCAAAUGAAACCGCCGGAGAUAAUAUCGAAAAUAAUAAAAAACAACAUGAGAAACGAGAAUCCAUGGAAUCUAUCGAAAUAAUUCAACAAGCCGAUAAUAAGCGUGAACCUAAAAAGAAAGGCAGAAUCAUUCUUGUCGGUGCAGGUCCUGGUGAUCCUUUACUUCUUACACUUAAAGCUUCAUUAGUGCUUGCUAAAGCAGACUUAGUUUUAUCUGAUCGUCUAAUUCCGCCAGCCAUGUUAUCGUGUGCAAGUUGUGAAAUUCGCCUUGCGGCAUCAAAAGCUGGCGCUGAAAAAGCCCAAGAUUCACAAGAACAACUCUUAGCGUGGGGACUAGAAGCUUUAAAAGAAGGCAAAGUCGUUGUUAGGCUGAAAAUAGGAGACCCAUUUAUAUUUGGACGAGGUGGAGAAGAAGUUGCAUUUUUCAAGAAAAAUGGAUGGGAUGUUGAAGUUAUACCAGGCAUUAGUAGUGCAUUCUCUGCCCCUUUAUCUGCUAAUGUCCCUCUUACGCAGCGUGGUGUGGCAGACCAAAUACUUAUAACUACAGGUCAAGGUACUAAAGGACGUAUGCCAGAAUUACCGAAUUAUCACCAUACGCGCACCGCAGUCUUUCUAAUGGCAGUUGGGAAAGCCAAUGAAUUAAGUAAAAUUUUAUUAGAGAAAGGGUAUCCAACGGAUUUGCCUGCGGUAUUCGUCGAGAAUGGUAGUCGAUCAAACGAAAGAAUCAUAUAUGCCACUGUCGCCACGUUAGGAAAAGCGGUCGAAAUUAAUAAAAUCAUUUCACCUUCAACUCUAAUAAUUGGUAGAACGGUGGACGUAUUACAAGAUAAGAAAAUCGUGAAUAAUACAAUUCCGUGUCAAGAACAGACGGACAUUUUAAUUGAUUUCUAA